UGAAAAUGUGUAUGUAGGUAACACAAAAAUAAGCAUAGAAAAAUACAUUAUUCAGUAUUCACACACACACAAACCCACACAAAGCUUUCUCUCUCUAAAACAAGACAGGCUAGUCAACCUCACGUCCUCGUCACUUUGUCCCAUGUUGAACCAACACCUCAUCUCUUUCUCUCUCUUCCCACAUGCUUUCAAUAGUGAGUGAUCAAUCCCCAUCUCUGAAUGUCUGAGGCACAACACACACACACACAAAAUACUUCAAAGUUUCAGCUCAAACAACUUCAUUUUCAAGAAUGGUUUCUUUGCUAUACCCCUAUAAUACCAUGUAUGAACUUUGUCCACUUUUCAUUUGAAGUAUAGCUAGGACUUACCACAAUUUUUUCAUGGUCCCUCUUCCCCCCUUUGCAUGCUAAUACCACCUACCUAUUCUCACUCACCUCUCACAACACUUCUCACUCACUUUUUCUUUUCUCUCUCUCUCCUCUUUUUUAUUUUUAUUUUUAUAACUUCAACGCCAUUCUAGUAUACUACUGCUACAUACUCUAUCAGAUCAACAUUUCAAUUCCCAUUACCAAGUGACAAGGUAUAAGAUAGAGACACACACAAGUGAGAGAAAAAAAAAAAAACACUAUUUAAAGCACUUAAAGCACUCCUACUUUAUAUGCAUAAUAAUAAUAACUUACCCUUUUGUUACAUAAAUAUUCCCCUUUCAUUAGUACUAAUUCCCAUUUAUAUAUUAUAACCUAUAGUAGCUCCAUUCAUUCUCCUACUUAUAAGCAUUUUUUCUAUCCAUCAUCAUAUAUAUAUUUGCAUAACAACUACACAAAAGAAUAAUAGUGACAAAAAAACCCUAGGUUCUUUCUUUCUUUCUUUCUUUCUUUCUUCAUUGGCCUAAUAGCUACUAUUAUACACAAAAAAUGUGGAUGGUGGGUUACAAUGAAGGUGGAGGUGGCGAUCAUCAUCACCAUCAGUUAAACAUGGUUGUUGAUCACCAUCCUCAUCAUCACCAUCAUCAUCCAUUCGGAGCUUCUGGAAGGAAGCUAAGGCCUCUCAUGCCAAGACCAAUGACUUCUCCUAACAACUCAACAACAACGACAACAACAACAACCAAUAACAACAACAACAACAACAACCCAUGCUUAAGCCUUGUUCAUAAUCAGGGCAACGAUUUCUUCUCUCAAUAUCACAACCAUUUAUCGACAGUGGGAGAGCAGAACAAGAGGGAAAAUGGUAACAACAACAAUAAUGGUUCGGCACCGGUUGUGGUGAGUUCCCGGUGGAAUCCAACGCCGGAGCAGCUGAGAGCGCUUGAGGAGCUGUACAGAAGAGGGACUCGAACGCCGUCGGCGGAGCAAAUCCAACACAUAACAGCGCAGCUGAGAAGGUUUGGCAAGAUUGAGGGCAAGAAUGUCUUUUACUGGUUUCAGAAUCAUAAGGCUAGGGAGAGGCAAAAGCGUCGCCGCCAGAUGGAAUCAUCUGAUAACACUAACAAUAAUCAUAAUCAUCCACUUCAAAACAACAAUCACCACCGUGAUUUUGAUUCUUCUUCUGAAAAGAAAGAACUGGCAAGUAGGACAAUGGUUGAAGUUGAACAGACCAAAAACUGGGCAUCCUCUACAAACUGCACUACUCUUGCAGAGGAAUCUGUUUCAAUGGAAAGAGAGGGAGGAGCAGGAAAAGCAGGAGUGGCAGAGUGUAGAGCAGAUGGAUGGGUCCAAUUCGAAGAAGGGGAAUUACAACAAAGAAGGAACUUUAUGGAAAGGAAUGCCACGUGGCACAUGAUGAUGCAUCAUCACUCCCCAUGUGCUGCUGCUGCACCACCUGCACCUGCACCACCUGUCACACACCUCAUAAAUGCCCUUACUCCUCCUCCUCCUCCUCCUUCUUCCUCUCUUCCUCUUCUUCUUCCUCUUCAACCAUCAAAGCUCAUUAAUAAUAAUAAUAAUCUCAGCUUCUUUAUUUCAUCAGAAAACAAUUACAACAACACCACUCUUCUCCACUUAACCACCACUCGUAGCAAUGAAGAUGAUGAUGAUUUUGUUGAUAAUAGUAUUAUUAACAUUCAUCAUCAUCAUCAGAAUGAGAAUCAAACCCUUCAACUUUUCCCUCUAAGGAGCGGUGACGAUCUUCAUCAUCACAUUAACGGCAAAGGGACAGAGAUAUCAGCAUCAAAUGAUGCCAUCACCCCGAACCACCAUCACUUCUUUGAGUUCCUUCCUUUGAAGAACAACUAACUAACUAUUUCAGGAUAUUAUAUUAUAUUUAUUUGCUGUGUUUCCUGUUUAGUUUCUUUCUCUUUAUUAUUAUUGUUAGUAGUAGUAGUAGUAGUGGUGAUGUUAAUGUUACAAAAAAUUAGUGUUGUAAUAGGACACUGAGUAUGAAGGAAAAUUUUAAAUGUGUUACCUUAAAAUGCAUUUGGACUAUGUUGGUUGAAUCAAAUU